AUGGCCGGGGUGCCAGGCGGGGAAGGCCCGGCUUCCGAGGCGGCCGGAUCGGGCGGCGUGAACGUGUUCGCCAACGACGGUUCCUUUCUGGAGCUGUUCAAGCGGCGCAUGGAGGAAGCCGCUGGGUCGGGAGGAAAGAGCGGAUCAGAAACGGCGGUCGCCGGGGCCGAGAAACAGAAAGAGAUCGAACCGCGGCAUCCCUUCACCCAGGUGGGCAAGCGGAGAGGGGGCAGCAAGCUAGCCCUGAAGACAGGAGUGGUAGCCAAGAAACAAAAGACAGAGGAGGAGGUUUUGACAAAUAAAGGAGAUGCAUGGGCGAAAUAUAUGGCUGAAGUGAAAAAGUACAAAGCCCACCAGUGCAGUGAUGAUGAUAAAACCCGGCCUUUAGUGAAAUAACUUUUAUCUCCAGCCUGGACUGUCUGUGAUGUACAUAAUUAUUUAAAAUAUCAAAGGAUUAGUGCUGUCCCACAAGACUGAAUGCUGCCAUGGCAGCAGGAGACUUGCCAUACUUUUAUAUUUGAAAAUUUAGAGCCUCCUUCACUGAUUCAUUUAUUGUUUUCCCCUUCUUCUGAGAACUAAGAACUUUGACUUAAUUGCCAGAUUUUAAUUCGUAACACCCUGUCUCUAAAUAGUGGAAUUGGUCUGACAUUUCUUUCCCAGAAUCAUCAGGCAAAAACAUACCAUUGCUGAUAAACUUUCAGCAUUGAGUCUUUGCUUAACAUUAACACCUGAACUUUCUACUAUAGGACAUGCUAAGAAGUUCUCUUUAUCAAAUUCAGUACCUCUUACUGCUGAAGAUAAAUUUAAAAUGUGGUUGCAAAUAGUCAAUCUGUACUGCAGACUGUAAUAAUUCCAGAGCUUGAAGUAAUCCCUCUCUGUUCACUAUGAAAGACAAAUGAAUCUGGAUCUCGAUUCACUUAAUGUCUCACAGUUCUGUAGCUGCAUUUUUGCCCGUGUUGUUCAUUCCCUACUCCAAUUUCACUGCAUAUUGCAGUGAAUUAUGGAGUUUUGUAUUUAAUUCCAGCUGCUGCUUAAGCUUUUUCCUAGCCUUUUCCUAUGCAUGCUCCAAUCUAAUUCUGGGGGGGAUAUCCUGUGCCUGUUUACUAUCUAAGAAGCAAAACACUUGGUCUGUUUUUGUACCAAGUAUUACAUAUUUGAGAAAAUCAUUAAAAUUACCAUAGGUGCUCUCUGCAAUGAAUUUAAUUUUAGAUACUAUAAUUUUAACUUUCGACUGCUCCUGUGCCCCCACUCCUAGGUGUUAUGAGCAGAGGUCCUUGGCUUUGAAAGAAAGAACUUGGGUCUAUAGCCAUUGUAUUGAUAAUGGUUUGUUGCAUGGAUGGGACCUAUGCUCUUUCAUCACUUGUUUACUUAUGCUGAGUUUGAUUUCUUAUAUUUCCAUAAAAUACUGUUAAAAUGGAAAGCACCUAAUAAGACACUGAAACUGGGCAUGACAAUUUGAUAUAAAGGCUUAUGGUACAUUCCCAGCAAUCAAUUUCAAGUCAGGAAAUACUAAGGAGAUCUUCUGUUUUCUGGCUGGCAUAGAAAAGUUUUUUUUGUUGUGCUGGAAUUGGGUUUCACUUCUAAAUGUUAUCCAGUUUGUGUCAUUUCCUUUUAACAGAUUGGGCUGAUUUUUGAGCUGCACUAUUAAUGCGAUAUUCACAAAGAUGGAUUUGUACUCUGGAGAAAAACAAACUGAGGUUGAUCUCACUGUUUGAGUCUAUUUUUUUCUUCAAUCAACACUGUUCAUCACUGGACCAGAUCUAUUAAAUAAGUUUCUGCCACGAAAAGGCCAUUGGUUUCCAGUAUAUCUUGGGCCUUUGUGUAAUGCAUCUGAAGAACAAUGCUUUCUUUAGAUUGGGGUUAAGCAUUUUUGCUGGAAUUUCACAUAAAACAUCUGAGUGUUCUUUAGUGUAACUAAGAAUUCUCAUUACAUAACAGGUUUUUCAUGCACAUGCACAAUGAGCAUGUAGGAGCUGCUUCUGAAUAUGGUAAGGGAGUGGUUAGACGAAAGAAAAAUUCUGUUUUUGCCUCUCAUAAUAUCAUGAGAGAUUGCUGUUAAAACAUCAGAAAAAAAUAAAGGUUUGGUAUUUUAUUUCCAGUCUCUUGUAAAGUGAUGGCAAUUUUCUUCUUUGUUAUACGCUUGAUCAGGCUUUCUACUUUAUUGCUUUUUAACUUCCACAGCCCAGAUUAGAGUACUAAUAAUCAUCCUUAAUACAGCAAUAGCUUUUUAAAUAAUAGAAUUUUGUUGUGGAUAUUUAUUGAUAUAUGUUUCCCAUAUAUAUUUUUUCUGGAUGGCAUUAUUUAUACAUUAUACAGUCAUUAAAACUGUUUAUUGCAGGUAUAACCAUAGCAUCCAGAUUUCCCUUUGCUUAUGGGGUAAUAACUCUUUAAAUACAAGUGAUAGUGAUCAAUAGUUAUCAGAAGAUUGAAAGAUAAAUGAAGAGUUGUCUGCACUUAAAUUAGAAUUAUUUUCCAUGAAUAUGCAUGGUAAAGUUAAAAGAAAAAUGGAUUGAUUUUCUUAUUGUGAUUGUGCAGAACAUCCAUAAAGUAGUUUUUCUAAAUUGUCGUGGUUUGCACAUGCAUAGCAACUACUACUAGGUUCAUGCACUGUGCUAAGCCCAAAUGAGACAAUCCAUGUUAAAGCUUACCACAUUGCAUAAACAUAGCUAUAAUUACAUAAUAGAAAAAAUGCACUUCUGUCUAUAAACCAGUGAAAUGUAGUUUGCUUUCAGUUACAAUGAAAAAAACAAUGCAUUUGCCCUUUUCUGAGUUAUAUUUUGAAAAAAAUAAGCAGUUAACGGAGCAAGUAAAAAGCACAGUAAGCGGAACAUGAAAACAGUUCCUUUCACAGUACACAAGCAAUUGCUCAUAUUUUCCAAACGUAUGUUGACUAUUACAUGUACUUUGUAUUUUGAAAUGUUAUAUCUUUUACUAAAUAAUGAUUACUGCUAUUCAUAAAUGAGUUCAUUUCUACUGCCCAAGGUAUUUUCAUAUCAAAGUUACAAUUUUGGGUCAUAUUAUUAGGCUUAAUAAGUCAUAUUAGCCACAUGGAAUUGAAAGUGCCUCUGUUCUGUGGAUUUUAUAAAUUAAAUAGAGCAAUUUCCUUGCCAAGUGAUUCUUUGGGAUAUAAAAUAGAAGUUGUAAUUGAUACUUCUCCUUAAGUGAUAGUCCCUUAUUGCAGGCACCCAUCUUCCUGUUCUUCUAUUUUUUCUCCUUUUUCUUUUUGAUUUUCCAAACCAGUAAGGAAAAGGGGCUUUAAAUAUCCUUACAUGCAACACUGGAGAUAUAAUCUAAUGUCUUAAAAGUGGCUAUGCCACUUUUUAAGUCAUUUACCGUAUAUAUUGCCUGCUCCAAUGUUCUAAGUGGCUUCAGAGAAUUCAUAGAUGCAGUGAAAUGUUGGGCACAGUAUUGUACCCUAUAGGAAUUUGCUUGGCCUGAAAGAUAUGCCAUGUUGUUUUCCAAUUUCUUCAGUAUUAUGAUUUAUUAAAUACAGAUUUUGGUGGUCUGUAUGAAGCAAUCCUAGUAUCUCUAAACAGCAGUGAGACAAUAGGCAGCAGAACAUGCUGGCUAGAUUAUACUAGUAACUGAAAUAGUGUGUUCCAUCUUUACUUCUGCCACUUUUUUGUGGUGAACUUGAAAAUGAAGAUACAGGUGAUACCAAGGAAUGAGAUAACAUGGGGCAAGGGCUUUUAGACAGAAAUGUACUUUAAAAGAGGGGUCUCCAACCCCCUAUCCCACAGAUUGCUACUAGUUCAUGGCCCUUUGGCAACUGGACCACGAAACCAGACAGGUUGGAGAUCGUUGCUUUAAAAUAUGGAUUCUAUUCACUUCAAUCAUAGAAAUGGUAUCAUGGGCAAGGAAAACCUUACCUCUUCUCCCUCU